AUAAAGAUAAUUGCUCCUACAAUCUUCAAACAGUGUAAUUAAAAUCACAGAAUACUACCUUCACGUUAAUAGAGAAAUACUUCCGCCUUCGAGUCAAGUGGGCAGCUGCUAAUCCGUGCGGGGAUGUGAGUGGGCGUCCCCCGGCGUUGGUUGUGACGUAUUGAAGCCGAGGCGGGGCGUUGCCCACAACAUCGGGUCGAGAUGGGAGACCGCGAGGAGCGUCAGGACCUGCUCGUGCGAGACGGUUCGCACGAGUACGACGCCACCUCCGGCGCGGGGGCGGUCGGGCCCGGCGGCUACUGCAGCGACGACGACGAGUACGAUGCGGACGGGGGCGGUGUGACGCUGUCGCCGGCGAGGGAGGCGGCGGAGGUUGCGGCCCUCGCCUUGAUGCUCGCCCUUUCGUCGGCGGUUGCCGUCGUCUUGCUGCCGCUGUACUUGGACACCGUCGCCUCGGUGGGCGACGCCUACACCGCACUGCUGUUCACCACAAUAGGUUCAUCAGCAGUUCUGCUGCCAGUGGCGUGGGUGGCAGGGGGCGUACGUGUGGGCGGCUACGGCAGCGCCGGCAUCGCCGGCUACGCGCCACCGAGUGUGCGCUUCCGUCUGCGGCUGCAACCGCGGCGGCGCUGGCUGGUGCCCCUGAGGGACGGGUCACUGCUGGCCCUGUCGGGUUUCCUGACACUGAGUGCUCUGCAGGAGAAGCGGGUGCCGUGCCACGCCCAGGAUCCGCUCAAGGGGCUCAUCAUGGUCGUUGCUAUCGUACACUAUUUCUUCUUCUCACACAGGGUGGUGUGCCUGCGGCAACUGUUCCUGAGCACGGGGGCGGCGGUGGGGCUGUUUGUGGCGUGCGACUACGCACUGUGCGACGGGUACCGGUGCCGCGGCUGGGAGCGGGACGGCGGGCGGGAGCAGGACGAGGGCCCGCCGCUGGGGCGCGGGCUGCGCGCCGCCUGGCUCGUGGCGUACCUCGCGGGGCUCGCCGUCUGGACGCUGGUGGCGGGCGCCCUGUCGGAGGGCGGCGAGCGGCCGUCCGCGCCGGGCGCGGCACUCCUGCAUGCGGGCCGCCUGCACGCCACCGCACUGCCCCUCGCACUCUUCCUGUUCGUUCUGGAGCUCGUGCCGGGCAUCGCCGGGGCCGCUGUGCGCGCCGCGCCCUCGCUGUGGGGCGCGCAGUGGGCGGGGAUGGCGGCGCACUUCUCGCACGGCGGGGUGGCGGGCACGGCGUGGCCGUGGCUGGCCGCCUACUGCUCGGCGGCCGCCUGCUCGGCACUGCUGCUGCGCCGCCUGCGUGUCAGCUCGGUGCUGGUGCUCGGCGCCGCCUGUGGCGGGGUGCCGCUCGCCUCCCUGUGGUGGUCGCUGUUCCGCGUCCGCUACAACGGGAAGCCCCCUCUCGGCUUUGGGUUGGUGGAGUGGCACCCGAACCUGGCAACGGGGGAGGCGAUCUCGGCACUGCUGGGUCUGCCACUCGUGGCGGCCGCCACGGUGCUCGCCCUGCGCGCCCACCUCUCGGCCAGGAAGGGCACCGCCAGGGAGCCGGAUGCCUGCGGGGGCGGAGCCACCACCCGAGCCGCCGCCACGGGCACUGCCCGCCUCUGCAGUCCCGACUCCUCGUCGUAGGGGCCCUACGCAUUCCUCUCCUAGUGUAAAACCGUGAUCUCACCGUGUUAAGUCUCCUGCCCCCUCCCCCUUUCCUACCACGUUACAUUCCCACCCCGUGUGCUCCAAAAAACCUACACUUUUGUUUUGAUCUAGAAAGUUCUCAAAGACUUAAGUUGAGAUAAGAGACUACAUACGCCAUAAAAUAGAAAAUUGUGUGGUUUUUUUUUCAGACAUUGUUUUCCACAUAUCCUCUUUAUUUACUGCCACCUCAGUGUCAUAAGAAACAAUUAGGAUGAGACUUUUCCAACUAUCAUGGCACAGUUAAAACUGAGAACUUUCUUGAUCAAUGGUGUGUGUUUUCAUAUCAUAGCACUUUGCAUUGAUCCAUAUCUGACCAGUUUUCUUCAAUAUAAUGUUUUGAAAAUUUGAACUGAGUGCUUGGUGGUUGAAAAAUUAUCUGCAACCAGGGAUAUAUAUAUAUAUAUAUAUAUAUAUAUCUUAAUGCAAGUGGCCAUUUUGCAUGGUAAAGUAAUGAAAAAAGUAAAACCUGGUGAAAGGUGCGGAGCUUUUUUGGCUCCGUUACGCAGACUGAAUUUCUUUCUAGUAUUUCAGAUGUGAGUUUCUGCAGUACAAGUAAUGUCUGAAAUUGUCAUCCAUUAAUAGCUAUCUCCAGUAAUAGAUGCGUUCCUCCGAAAUUUGUUAGUCAUGCUCCAUCAUUAUAACACAGAAAAAUAUAUAUAACUGUAGGAUUUGUAACAAGAAGUUGUACAAUGGGACUGUUGCUGCUUAUACGGCUGUGUCACUGUGUGGUGAGAGAAAGGAAAAAUGUUGUUUGCUCACAAGGAUUAUAAAGUAUAAAAUCACUUAAAUGAUUCGUGAAAUGCCAUAGGUAAAAAGUUAGAAAAUCAAACAGAUCUUAUCAAUGCAGUUGCAGAAAAUAUACAGCUCUGUUACAUUGGCCAUCGUAUUCUUGGCAGGAGCAUGAUAAUGUACAAGGGUCUUACUGAAGUUAACAAGCAACUUAUUACAAAUAUUAAUAAAUAUAACAGUGUACAUAAUGUUGAUCUAAUGAAUUUUCUGCCUCAUGGAAUGCACAACGGAGAUCCAACAGUGUCUGGAUGUAGCUGGUAACAUUUAUAGUUGCUGAAAAUUGGCCAGAAUGUAACCCUCUGCAUCCAAAAGCUGCUACUCAUAAUUUCCCAGGCAGAGUAUCUGUUUGUGCUUUAGUUUUUGACUGCAGCAAUCAGAUGCUACCAUUCCAUAUUUCAAAAUCAUAAUUAUGAAAACAGCUUUCAUCACUUGUCACAGUUGUCAUCAAAACUCCUUACCCUCCAUUUUGUCAUCUUACAGCAUUAUGUCAUAAUUUUUGUUUAUUAUGUUUUAUCAUCUCCAAGUUUGUUGAACACCUCAUAACACACCAGACAGCAAAGACCCCAAUCAAAGUUCCGUGUUCACAGAUGUGUUCCAAAAUUCAUCAGUGGUUGAUAACAUUAAUUUUCAUUUUUAGACAAUGGAUUUGACUUCAUACAACAUGAGAAGGGAAAUAUGAUAGCAUACAUAGAGGAGGGUGAUGACUUAAUAAAUUUCUAAUAUACCUGCCAUUAAUAACAAUCAUUAAGUCGCCACUUCCACACGUGGUUCAAAAGUAAUAGAUCAAAUUCUGCCCUCGUAAAGUUGCCAUAGUGUGUCCAGAUAACUCCACAACCAUUCACUUCACAUCCCAUAAACUCCGCUACGGAUUCCAAAUGACAAUAAAAAUAGAACAUACUCUUCUGAUAAAGUUAAUUUCCAUCUGCUUGACAAAAUUCAAUGUAUUCAAAUCCAGAGCAACUAUUUAGGCUUCAAUCUCCAACAAACAUUUAUUGAUGUUAUAAGCUUUAUACACUAAAAGUUCAAGCUUGUUAGAUAAACUGAAUGCAGUUUGAGGCAUUUACAUUAGCAAACAGUGGAAAGUUAAGGAUGGAACAACAACAAUACCUAAAUGAUAGGUUGUUACCCAUUACUUAAAGGAGAUAUUGAGUGGCAGGUAGUAUUUCUGGCAUUCUUUUUCACUGCGCCUGUUUGUGACUCAACUCUUCCUCUAUGUGAUGAGCAGAAAUCUGUUAAUACCAUUAACGUAAAGUUGUGAGAACCAAUAAAAGUCCUCAAAGGGGUCACAUAUUCUCCCCACAAGCAGCUGUUACAUCAAAAGAGAAAAACACGCUUCCGGUAGUCACAUAAGGUACAGACUGACAUUUCAAAACAUAAUAAAAACUUGAGACAAAUGCAUGAAACAUACAUUAGGUCAGCUGUUAUGAAAAAUGGGUGUCACAAACAAGUUUCUGGCACUACAGUUUUGAAACCACUAAUGCAGACCUUGUUUUUUUCCUGAAUAUUGUCAAUAAAUGUGGGACACAUUGAACACAAACUUUUCAAAAAUCUGAGCUUUGACACAUUUCCUGCAUUGUACUGUGUCUGUCACAAGUUUUACUCAUUACAUUGCCCCACCCCCCCCCCCCUCACCCUGAACUUGUCAACUCUUCUCCCGUUGAACUCUAUGCAGGCACUUCGAUGGGGAUGUUACGAGGUUUCCCUCAGCCGCUCAUGUCCUCUUCUUAGAAGUAUUUCACCCAAGUCCUAACGCUGCACACAUUUCCGUAUGCUCUCUGGUGUCUGGGAUGAAUUUCAGCAGCAGAUUUUUUCCUCUUUAAUAAGGAAUUCAAUGCCAUCAUGCUAUCAAAAGAAAAUGUCAAUGCUGGCCAGUUUGUAAAUCUAUCCUGCUGUUACAUGACAGGCAUUAAUGAUGUCAGAAUAUGUCAACACAGAAUCUUAAGUCUGAAGAUUACAAUACUGCAGUUGUCUUUGCUACAUUUUUGGAAUGACAGUUGUAACAAAUGGUUGCUCAUGCCUUUCAGUACGACCCUAGUAUAUAAUGUAAAUCUGUACACAGCAAAGAAAUUAGAAGUGUAGCAAUAUGAGUCAUCUUUAUUGGUGAGUACAGACUUGAAAGCAGAAGAUUGUACAUUGUGAUAAUUGUGAAGCAAGCUGUCCCAAACGUCUUCCAAGCAUUUUCCCCGUGGACCAGAAUUCAAGCACUCAGUUCUGAGAUGUACCUUAGAAAGUAAGAGCUGUCGGUACGUACCAACUUCUCCGUUUGCUUGAGACUCACUCAUUGCAAUAUUUUGAGCUCUUAAAAUGCCGAAGCAAAUGGAGCUGUUUGUCCAUCAUUCCUUAUUCAUAGAUUGCUAUAACUUGUUAGAUAUCACACCACUGAAACAGUAAUGUUGUAUUAAUUAUCCUUGUUUUGGGUGAAAACUGUAUACUCAUAUAAUUGCACUUGGUAGUGAAAAUGUCGUGUUAAUAGACUUUUGUGAUUGUCGGUCUGUGACUGUAACUUUCAGGUUAUGGAUAAUUUUACUCGUAGUUCACUGUCUUUAGACACUGUAUUUAAUUCCCCUGUUUAAGUCAACAUUUUUCAGACCUACAACUCCAUUCUCAUCUCCUGUGAAUGAUUUUUAUUAUUUAACUAUGUUAAUAGAACAGAUGUAUUUUAAUACAGCCUUGGACCACAUUUAAGUCAUGUGGUAGUGUCAUAAAUAUGUUAAAUCAUUUGGAUAAUCCUUUAUUUAUUUUUUAAUUUUAUCAUAAAUGCCUUUCUUGUAAAACUCGUAACUGUGUCAUUAAUUUCGUGCUUGCUGAUAAACCGAAGCUCAUGUAAUAGCCAAAAAGGCAAUGCAACCAUUGAAAAUUGAGUUGUAGCUAUGAAACACUUUUGACUUAAACAGAAAUGUGAUGUAUUACUGAUAAAAACAUCUCUGUCCUGCUACUUUUAAAAUGUGUACCAAUGCCCCUGCCACUUUUAAGCUUUCACCACAAUGCCAAUGGGUGGAUUAGCAUGCCAUUUUGUUGUUUCUUCUGCUGAUUUUAUUACAUGUUGUGUGCGCCUAGCAAGAUUUUUAGAGUAUUAUUGAGAAACAGUUUUAAGCAGUACAACUCUCUAUAAAAUAUUUUGUUUAGGAUUAAGUGUGAAUAGGGAGGUGUAAUUCUUUGAUGGAGAAAAACAAAAAGGUAUAAAGGUUCUACACUACUCAGACUUGUACCCCAUACAGUUGGAGAUAAUUUUUGGGGUGUUUGAGAACUGUAAUAAUAAUUAUAAAGGUGUUGAAAGCUUUAUUUAUUUGCCCAAGGCAAUUUAUGUUGAGUGUGCAGCCCACCACUAGAUAAAUGUCGAAUUAUGGGUCUGCACCAGUAUCGACGCAACGCAAAAUGUUGUAAUCCUGUGCCUUCUUUAUCAGUGUCACAUACCUAAGCAAACCUAUAUUUUUGGAUGUGUACAUCAAAUGUUGCACCUUCUUGAGAUGACGAAGUGGUGAGGACGCUAGCCAUCCGUUUGAAGUGUCUGCUGCUGCAAGGAAAUGAGUAAAUUUGUUGUUCUGCAUUGACAUACAGGGUUAGUUUACAUCAAAUGGGUGUAAAAGGAGCGGGCUGACUUGUCAGAUUCUGUGAGGAAUGUAAUCAUCAUUGACGUAUUAAUGGGUCAUUCUAUGUGAACAAUACAAAAGACAAACAUCUUCAACUUAAAUGUUUCUGAUCUCGUUCACAUUUGGUACAACGAAUAAUACUAAUAGGGCAUGAAAAAAUCUGUUGUAUGAUGUAUGGUGGGUUGCAGAGUAUGGAUGUAGAAGUAGAAAGAUAAGAAAAAAACAUGAAGAGGUGUAGCCGUAUUGGGUGCAAGUGAACAUCGGAUACCAGCUGAGAACUCCUCCAUUGGAUAUUAUGUCAUUAGCGGACCAGUCGCCUAGCCAUAAGCGGCAGAUUUCAGACAUAUAACCACUAUUCCUGCUUUGCAUAUCUCCUCAGUUUUUCUUGUGAGGGUGAGCAGGUUCCAUUUAAUGAUUAUAUGAGAAAACUGUGGCAGCCAGGAACUGAACUUAGUUCUUCAUCUACACACAUAUCCUGCUACCCAAUUCACAGUGCAGGAAGGAAGGUAUCAUUGCUUGUGAUUACCCUUCCUGGUCUACUUGCAAAUGGAGUGAGGCAAAACUGAUUGCCUGUAUGCUCCUAUGUGAGCCCUAAUCUCGCUUACGUGGUCCUUAAAUGAGUUGAUGUUGGAGGCAAUAGACAUGUUGCAUUUUAUCACAUUCGCUACUUCUCUAAACUUCUUUAGUGGCAUUUCAUGAAAAUAUUGUCUUCUAUUCUGCAGUGAUUUCCGUCAAAGACUGUAAUUUUUUUUUUAUUAUUCCCAUGUAAAGAGAGUGUUUGAACGUGAAUUCCUUUAUGAAGAUUGUUUAUGUUUUCUCUGAGCCCAAAUUUUCUUCAUGUGUUCACUGUGUUGUUUCUUUCACUCCGCUGUCCAUUUGCAUCCUGGUCUCUUCUGUGUUGUGGUGUCAAAUUUAUGUUUUUUGAUGAUGUUCCUGAAUUCAGUUCUAUUUUCUGCAUCAUUUACUGUUAUGUGUGCUUGUCUGAGGUCCUCUUCAACUUCUUUUAUCCAUUUUGUUUUUACCUUGCCUGAGUUGAUGACUUUAAGAAUUCGGUUUGAAAUUCUGUUUUCAUUCAACCUGUGGAUAUGUCUGUAGAACUGCAUUCUUCUUUUCCUUAUUGUAUCUGUAAUCCUGUCUGUGUAUUUAUAUAAUUCUGAUUUUUCUCUUCUUCCAGAUUCCUUGCUCUUGUAUUGGGCCAAAAAUUUUUCCUGAGAAUUUUCCCUUCUUGUUUCUCCACUUCUUUGAUUUUAGUUUGCCCACCUAUUUGUGUUGUUUCAUAUGCAUACAGUGCCUCCAGAAGUACAACAGUGUUGUAGUGCCUCAAUUUUGUGUUAAUGGAUAUGGACUUUUUGUUAUAAUAGUUCCACGUGAGUUUAUAUGCUUUCUGUAAUUUUUAUUUUAUUCUUUACUCAUUGAAUCCCUGAUGGCUGGAUAAUUUCUCCCAGGUACUUAAAAUGUGGUACUUGUACGAUUUUCCCACAGUUUGUCACAAUAGGCAAUUUGUCUUGUGGCACUCCUUCUUUUUACUGGGUUUUCUCAUACGAAAUUUGCAGGCCAGUUCUUUGCCCAAUUUCGUGUUACUUCUCUAUGGCGUUAGUGGCUUCUUUUCUUUUAUUUGUGAGGAUUGCAAGGUCAUCUGCAAAACCUAAACACUUCACACUGAAUCUAUUAUAUUUUUUAAUGCCAAUUUGGAUUCCUGUGACUUAUUUUUCCUAUGUCUUGAUAAUUUUUUCAAGAAUGAUAUUAAAGAGUAAUGGUGAAAGUCUGUCAUCCUGUUGCACUCCAGUUUGGAUUUCAAAUGGUUCAGAGAUAUCCCCCAUAAAUUUAACCUUGGAUACUGUGUCAGUUAAUGUUUGCCUAAUGAUUGCUCUUGUCUUUGUCAAUUCUGAAUUCUUCCAGCGUAUUGCAGUGUGCUACUCUGUCUUUUUAAAAUCUACAAAAGUAACUACUGUGUUUCAGAUUCCAAAUCUGUUCUAUGCAUGAUCGUCCCUUGCGAAAACCAGCCUGGUAUUCUCCUAUUUGUGGGUCAGCUUGUUCUUCUAAUCUAUUCAUGAAAACUCUGGAUAAGAUUUUAUAUUUGACAGGUAUGAGUGACAUACCCCUGUAAUUAUUUGGUUCAGUUUUGUCCCCUUUUUUGUGGAGUGGAUGGAUGAGUGCACAUUUCCAUCCAGAAGGGAUCUGCUCUGUUUCCCAAAUGUUUAAUAUGAUUUUGUGAAUUUUUCCUGUUAAUCUUUCAUCAUUUAGUUUCCAUAGUUCUGCAAUAAUUCCAUCUUCUCGUGGGGCUCUAUUGCUUUUCAGUGUCUUGAUAAUUUCUAGUAUUUCGUUGAUGGUUGGUGGUUUAGUGCCGGGAUUUGGUGUAGACAUCUGGUAGUGAAUAUCCUCUGUAGAUCUUUCACACUUGAGGAGUUUGUUGAAAUCUGCGAGGAUUUGGCAAUUAUUCUUCGUGUUAGUUUCUAGUGAACCAUCUGGUUUCUUGAAGCAAAGAUUGGGUGGGCUGGUAUCCUGCAGUAUGUUCUUUAAACGUCUUAUCAAAAUUCCUGGUGUUGCUCUUAAAGUUUUGUUCUAUCUCAUCUAGUCACCAUUUGUCAUAAUUUCUUUUUUCCCUACAAAUUUUUCUGAUGUAUUGUGAGUAUUGAAGUUUUUCCAGGCAAUGGUCCUUUCUUCUGUUACUUGGUCACAUAUUAUGUUCCACCUCCUGUGUUUUCUCCUUCUCAGGGUUUGAUCCAAUUUCAUAACGAAUUUGAGGAUGUCCACAAGUUCUGUCCAGUUGUGGUGUUUGUCUAACUAAUUUCCUGUAAGAUGUUUUCGUUGUUGAGUUUUAUGUAUUCAGGGUCUGGUCUCGGCACUUUGUUUAGUUUUGGCUUUUUUCUAUUGGGUUGUAAUCUGGUCUUUAUUUGUAGAUGAUGGUGGUCUGAUUCAAAAAAUUCUCUUCUCGUUUUCACAUUCAGAAUUUCUGCUGUGUUACUCUUGGAGAUGGUCGCAUGGUCUACCUGGAAUUCAUACAACAUUGCGUUGGGCGACUUCCAAGUAUACAGUCUGUUGUUGGGUUUUUUGAAUUGUGUUGACAUAAUUACGAGGCCGAAAUUUUUGCAAAAGCUUAUCAAUCUUUCCCCAUUCUAGCUAGUUCUCUUGUGAGCUGUAUGGAUUCCGAUGAUUUUCCUGUAAUUUUUCUCUUUGCCUAAUUGUAUGUUAAAGUCGCCUAACAAGAUUAUUGCAUGGUGUUGGGCAGUUUUGUUUGUCGUCUCUUCAAGGUCAUUCCAGAAGUCGUCCACUUUCUGGAGGUUCUUCUCAUUAUAGUAAUUUGUGCCUGCCUGUGCAUUGAUGGCGGCUUUGUUGGCCGAUUUGAUGGAGAGACAUUCUUAGGCAGACUGGAAGUCAAUGACAGAGUCGCUGAUAGAUUUGUGGACUACAAAUGCUGUACCAAACUUUCUGAGUCCUUUCUCAUUAGUUUUAACUGCUGGUUUUCCUUUGUAGAUCAUGUAGUCGUCUGAGUCAAAUUGAUUUUCGUUCGUAAAUCAUGCUUCCUGGAUUGCAAGGAUUUGGAUCUGGAACUUUUGCAGCACGUUUCUUGAUCUUGCCCAGUCUGAAGGGAGUAUUAGUAUUAAGUGACCGAUGAAGUGUCUUUGUUUUGUGUGUAAUAAUUUGGACGUUGUCUGGUUCUCAGCCUUAGGCGUAACAUGAUGCUCCUGGUCCCCUGGAAUCCGAUGACCAGGUAAAGCCAGCCUUGCGACUGGUGUCCGGGGUAGUGGAUUCAUUCCUUGUGUUAUCAUCAUGUUUGGUUUUCAAGUUGAAAACUAACUUGGUGGUGGUCCUUCCGAGGAAAGAUCAUGAGGAAUACAACUUGAUUGUUGAGAUCAAGAAGGUUGCUGCAGCUGCACCAUCUAGGCGAACAGAUGCUGACCCCUAACCACUGGAUACCAGGCAGACGUUAGUGGAUUUCGGUUGAUACUUUUGGUCCGCCCUGGUUAUUUUAUUUCCCCGGUACCCUCCAUAUCUGGAGAGCAUUCCCCUAUCCGCGACGUGGGGAGGUGCCCGAUGGGAGACUAUCAACUCCACACGGGAUUAUUAUUAUUAUUAUUAUUAUUAUUAUUAUUAUUAUUAUUAUUAGUCGCAAAACUUCCAGUGUGGAAUAUGCUAAGUAAAGAUGGUUCAUUUUCCGUUCUUCUGGUUCUUUUUAUUUGUUCACCAGUUUUUCAUUGUUUGCAGGAGUUUAGCUCUUCUUUCUUCACUCUAUUUUGUUCUGGUUCUUCAGGCUUUUGUCUGGUUUAACCUCUCAUUUUUCCACUUUCAUUCCAAAAUUGUUCCUUACAUCUAUUUAUUCUAUAGUGAUUUUGGCUAUUUCCAAGUCGUUUUUUAACUUUUUGGAUCCUUUCUUGACCAUUAGCAAGGGAAACCUCAUUAUAUGGCCAUAGAAUCUGAGACGUCUUUUCCUCGUGUCUGUCUCUAUAUUAGAAUAUUCUUCAAUCUUGGAUGUUUUCUGUAGUCAAUAUCCAUUCUAUGUCCAUCUUGUCCCAAAAUUUUCCUAGUUAUUUUUCUUUCUUCUUUCUUUAGGUUUUCUAUAUCAGUUUUCUUGUUUAGUGCCAAGGUUUCACUGGCAUGUAACAUUGAUGGUUUAAUUACUGUUUUGUAAUGUAUAAUUUGGCAUUUAAAGAUAAACAUUUUUUGUUAUAGUGGUUUUGAACUAAUCCUAAACAUUUACUAGCUUUUUGUAUUCUCUCUUGUUGUGCAUAAUUUUCAGAGGUAAUUUCUCCUAUAUAUUUGAAGUGUGAUACUGUUAAUUUCUCCCUAUUUGGUUUGUAAUUUGAAAAUUUCUGAAUUUGUUGUUGUAAACACCGUCUUUUCAAAUGAUAUUUGCAGGCUGACUUUCUCUGGACAUUCUUUUAGAGUUUCUAUCUGUUUUAUAGCCAUCUCACAAGAAUCUGCCAUUAUUGUGAGAUCUUCUGCAAAGGCUAAGUAGGGAAUUCAUAGGUUAUUUUAUUUUUUCCCCCUAAUGAAAUUGGUUUCCAGUAAUUUUCUUCAAGUUUCUUUUCCCAUUCUUCCACGACUCUAUCUAGAACUGCAUUGAACAACAGUGGCGAUUAACCCAUCACCUUGUCUAACCACAGUUUUUAUCUAAAAUGGUUUUGAAAGUUUUUCCAUAAAUUUCACGUUGGAUGUUGUAUUUUUUAAUGUCUGCUGAAUGAUUUCUGUAUUUUCCGAUCUAAUGCUUGUAUUUCUUAUAUUAUUGUUAUUAUUAUUAUUAUUAUUAUUCCUCUGGUGUCCUCUAAAAUCGUAUAAAGUCUUGUUACAUAUGGCAGUUGACUUUGAUUUCUCUCUAGUCCAGAUUUGCUUCAGUUUUCAUGAGUGGGCUCACUUAUGUUCUCCAUCCAAGGAGCACAGUGUCUUCUCUUUGGUUUCUCUGUCUCAGUGUAGCACGUUCUUCACUAUCUUCAUGCGGUAGAUAUCCCUGUCAGAGGUAUCAUUGGAUUUGCUUUGUAGGAGUGUGGAGGACUUUUUUGGUACUUCUGAACCAGGGGAUUGUGCUUCUGGGUUUUGAAUAAUAAAAUUCGGAGAUCUUCUUGGUCAAACUGUUCCCAUUCAUUUGUUUGAAGCAGCAAUAAAUUUGUACACAUCUUUUGCAGAUUGUGUCUGCAAUUUUUCAAUUUUUGCCAUAGACAUUCUUGUUGCAUCUGUUUUGGUGUAUGCCAUUCAUGUAAUUGGAUCCCAUGAUUGUCCUAACAAUUCUACACUCUUUUUCUCUUCAGUUCUUCAAGGAGGCCAUUAUUUGCAUUUGGGGAUAGGGUUUCAGCUGUAUAGAUAAAUACUGAUUACAGAACUGUUUCAUCAAGAUGUAUCUUAGCAUUUUAUGAAAGGCAUUUUUUGUUGUAGAUUGUGUGCAAUGUUUGAUAGGAUAUUUCAAGUUUACUUAUUCCUUCAUUAAGUGCUUCCUUGUCCAGUCUGUUUUUCAAUAUGGUCUUACCUAUGCACUUAAAUUUUCCUUUCUGGUGCUUUCUCCAUAUUUCGUCUAGUGUUUGAAGGGGAUGUCUGCAGAUCAUUUCGUUUGGUGGUUUCCUUUAACAGUUCAAUUUGAAACCUAGUAGGUUCUAUGUCACUGGUAUAAUGCCUGUAUCAUUGGCAAAAUCUAGACUGUCUACUAUGAUCCCCUUGCAUUUAGUUCCCAUUCUCAUCAGGCUACAGUCGGUUCUGUUGAUCUUGUUCACCAGUCACUAAGGAUUUUUCAGGAACACUGUUGAAAAGCACCAGAGACAACCCAUAACAUAGUAUGACUUCUGUUUUGAUCUGUGAGGGAGCCUAGGAACUUUAUUGUGGACUUUUUGUGUGUCAGGGUGACCCUAGUUAAUGCCAGAAGUUUUAAGAUCAACCCUGAAUUCAGCAAGGAAGUUUAACAGAACUUGGUGUUGAUGUUUUUGUUGUUAGAUAUUUCAUACUCGGGUCGCACAAAUGGUAUCAUCACCAUUUUUUACUUAUUAUCAAGUCACCAUCAGAUGAUCUUUUUAAACAGAUAAAAAAAGGGAGGAUGUAAGAUUAGUAAUUUAAUUUCCCUCUUCUUUCAUAGCUUCCAUUUUCUUUCUUUCUAAACUAAUCACUUGAUUUGACACUGUAUUUCAGUAAGGCAGCAUGGCUAGUCUGUGUACUCUUGUAUCUACCAUCGACCAGUGGAAGAUGUAACAGCACACUUCUGAGUUGCUUCCAUGUCUUCCUUUGAUCCUACACAGUGAGAAUCCCAACUCUGGAAUAGUACUCAAGAAUGGAUAACACGAUUAUUCUGCAUGCAGUCUCCUUUACAGCUGCAUUAUGUUUUCCCGCAACUCUCCAAUAAUAUCAAGACAUUUAGCUGAUGUGACUGGUCCAGCUGACAUAGUUUAAUACUGUACUUAAAAAUUGCAGAGUGUUUCUUCUACUCAUUCAGUUAACUUACAUUUGCUGUAAACUGAAAUGGUGAAAGCACAUUUAGAGUGCCGGCAACUUUUGGAUUCUGUGCCAAGGCUUGUAACAACUUGCACGAAAAACGAAGGGAACUGAGUAUGACUAAUUGUGAGACAGCUGUCAACAGCCAGUCAGAAUGCUCUUUCAUAAUUUAAUAUGGCUCAUAAAUAAAGGUAGGUAUUUUGUUGUGUUAGAUUAGAAUUUAACCACAUCAUUAGAAUUUUCAAAAAGAGUGGAAAUAAGGCAUACAAGUAGAUUUUCAGUGACGAAUGUAUAUCUUAGGAAACACUGCACAUCAGUCUAUUGUAGCAAUCAUAUUUUAAUGUUGAGGUUCACUGGCUUCGCCAACUUGCAAACAGAUUAUCGCAUUCCAACCUAACCUGGGUCUUGGGCCAUGCUACAAGUCAAUCUCUCAGAAUAUCUAGUCACCAAAGAAAUUCAGAAGUCAACAAGCAGCUUAUAAAUUCAAAAUAAACAGAUCAGAGAAAGUUAUUCUGGCACUUGGAAUUUCAAAAACAAAUGUAAUCAAUUCAUAUCUUUUGCUGAAAGAAAUAAUUAGAUUUGGUGAUUCUCAUUGGAUACCAUAUACAAUAUGGUAAUGUCAAUGAAUUGCCAAUAUCAGCAUGCAGGGGAAAAGGUGUCAACACUAUUAAGUGUACUUUAGCCAAAUAGUAAUGCAUCCAAGUCAUACUGGAUUCUGAAUGAUGACACUUUCAUCUCUGACAUUCCUUGAUGAUUACUUCAUGUUUGCACUUUUGAUUUGUUGACAUACAUUUCUCUAUAGUCCAUGAAUGAGAGAUGCAGCUGAGCUUGUCCUGUCACAGGAAUUAAUUUGAAACGAUGUGAGGAAAGUAAAGAAAACUGAAGCUGGCACACUAAUUAGACUUUUGAGACAUGAAUACCAGUUACAUGACACACUUUACCUUAGACAGUGUGUUUGGUACCUAUGUGCACAGUCUGACUUCAGACACUUCAAACUCUUUGGCAGCUUCUGAUCCAGUCGGCUUGUUUUUACCUGCCACAUGCCAUCCUCAAUAUUUCAGUAAUGAGAGAAAAAUCCCCGAUGUCGAGCUUAAUCCACCUCCCACACACAUUGCACACGUUACAUCCUGCCAUUACUCCUGAACUGGUUUCCUUAGCCACCACAAUCUGUUGCUUCUACAUUUCAUGUUUUCAUUAAAGCAAUUUUCAGACAAAUUGUGUAUAAAAAAGAGAAUUGUUCACAAACAAAACAUUCCGUGCCAAAUGUGUCCAUAAUAUUUUGAAGCAAUGUCUAGUUUCAUAUAAUAUGCUUCUUGUUAAACAGUUUCUCUUUUAUAUUUGUCCAUAAAGUGCCAAAGAAACUUUUAUGUCAAAGAUUGAUGUAGCUAAUUAUUGUACUUCGCAAUGACUGCUAUAUUGUGUAGCUAGUUAUAGCAGCUUUUUUGUUUGUAACUAUUCAUUGGAAACAUUUAUGAUAAAAAUAGUAUUAGAGAGUAAAAAAUGUUAUCAAGGAGAUUGCAAAUGUGCAAAUUAUGAUUAUCUACAGAAUAAUGUAUUCUUAUUUUUUGAGUAGUUCUAUUUAUCUGUUUGUUUUGGUUUUAAGAGACAGGAAUUCUAGCAUUUGUGUGUUAUAUCUCCUUUCUAGAAAAUGUCGUGUAGACUAGUAGUAUGAUAAAGUAUUGAAAAUAACAUGUGUUGAAUAUUUGUUUAAUUUUGAGGUAGUUAGAAUAGUUGAUGUAUGCAUAUUCUGUAGCAUGUAUUCACAGGUGCUUUCUGUGUGUCAAAAAUUAGAUCUUUGCUGAUAGAUUGUUAGAGCAGUAGAAUUUGAGAAGAAAUUGCUCUGUGAUUUACAAAUUUAAUGUCGAGCAUCUUAAAAUUUCGUAUUGUAUUUUUACCUCAUUAUUUUGUGUGCAUCACUUUGCAAGCAUUUUUGUACGUGGUUUCCUUUCGACAAUCUGGGAGAACAUUGUAUUGACUUUCCUAUUGGAGGAGUUAUACCUUUUUGAUGUUCUUUUUGCUGGAGUUGUUAAAUAUUUUUAUAACAUCUCUUAAGCUUCUUCCAACUUUGUACUAAGUCUACAAAUUCUGAGUGCAUUGGGGUCUAAUUGUGUAUAUUUUUCAAAUUAUCUCUAGUUUGACAAUGUGGUGAUUUACGUCACUGUGUUGUGCAAUAUUGAACGGAGGAUCUCAAAUGUUAACUUUUUCACCGCUUCGUCAAUUGUAAGGAUUUGCUGGCACCUAUUGUAUAAGCUAGGCCCUCUGUAGCAAAUGACAUAACUGUGUUAUAGCAUAUGUAUAUCUCACAUACAUUUGUGUGUAGAAAUUGGUGUUUAGCUAAUUAUGUAGAUUGUAGUAUGUAUAGUAUACUGUGAAGCAUAUCUAUACACUCGGCGUGUCCGCCCGGUGCGAUGGUUGUGACAAUUUCUUUUUCUGCAGAUAUGUUCUCUGUUAAGCCCUAGGGCAUUUUUUUUUUAAAUGGUGCCCUUGGGGCACAGUUGUUGAAGAAGUUUGCAAAAUCUAUAUAUCAAUGUUCAUGCUUGCUUGUGGUUGUGUAUUUGCCAGCACUGGCAUUCUUAGCUAUUUUAAUCAAUGGUUGUUAAUGGUUGUUUCAAAGGAGAGAGAAACUAAAAGAUUCACUGCUGAAGGAACAAAUUGAGUAGACACAGCACUGCAGUUCCUGUGUGCAAAUAGGGGAGUGUUGGUUGCUGUGAAAGAUGUCUGGUUUUUCCUUGUAAUGUAAUGGAAGUCAAAAUUGGAACUGAAUUGACAAAAGAAAGACUGAGCAGGCAGUAAAUAUCUCAGUUUUGGUUCAUACCCCCAUUUUUCACUAGCUGUGGGCCACACUGUUUCAACCAUGUCUUUCUUUGAGCUUUGACUAAAACGCAGUAUGUAUUCUGUGAGCCUGCUUUUUUUUUUUUUUCUUUCCUUCAAUCAGUGUGUUUCCAAUUUUCAACUUUGGCUUUUCUUGGAAAUGCUGGUAUCUCCCAAGUUUCAUGGUGAACAGGUCAUGUCCUCCCCCCCCCCCCCAAUUUUUUGGCGGGUUUUGCCACAUUCUCUCUCUCUCUCUCUCUCUCUCUCUCUCUCUCUCUCUCUCUCUCUCUCUCUCUCUCUCUCCCCCCCCCCUCUUCCCCCUCCCCAACUCCCCAAACCCACAUAACAAUUACCCCCAAUUUUGAUGUGACAUGAUGAUGAU